CUUAUUCUGCUGUUUAUCACUCACAAAUCGGGUGACUCCAUAUAUAUUCAUAAAUAAAUCGAAACCUCGUAAAUCCGUAAGUAGCACAUAUAAGUAUUUGUUUCUACAAAUUCCUUCACCAAUUUCAGAAAAUAAUACAAUUUUGAAAGAUAUAAUAAGUGAAACAAUGGAUGUCCCAAAAACCGGAUUCAGUUUCGAUUUGUGUAGACGAAACGACUUGCUGACUAAAAAAGGAUUAAAGUCUUCUCCUUUUUUGAAAACCGGAACCACCAGUGUUUGUCUGGUUUUUCAGGAUGAUGUCAUUCUUGGAGCCGAUACUAGAGCAACAGAAGGGCCUAUUGUCGCUGACAAAAAUUGUGAGAAGAUUCAUUACAUGGCAUCCAACAUUUACUGUUGUGAAACUGGAACAGCAGCUGAUACAGAGGCUGUUACAGACAACAUUAGCUCUCAGCUGAAGCUGCAUAGAUAUCAUACUGGCCGUGAAUCACAGGUUGUAACAGCUCUUACGCUAUUAAAGUCCCAUCUCUUCCGGUCAACACAAAGACUUUUGGCGAAGAAACAAGUUGACCCGUGGUACUAAUAUUUACCGAGUUCAAUGCAUAUUUCAUGUCUAUGGUUUGGAGCAAUUUACAGAAAAGGUGAAAGGCUUGAGAUGAGGCCACUAUUGCUCUUUUUGGAUUUCUAAGUCUGGCUUUGCAUGGACUUUCAAGAAAAAGUUUCCUUCACUCUCUUGCGCUUUCUGUAUCUCUAUUGCAGAUUUAUGUGCAGAAGGGCUGCAUGCAUGUACCUCAAUUGUCUCCAAUGUCAAGAUACUCCCUAGAUCAAGUGGGAUACUUUUGAGUUUUGAACAACGAUGAACCACUAAUCGUUGUAGUCGUGGGAAGUUAUCCCUGUAGUCGUGGGAAGUUUCACCUGAUGUAGGGGGACUUCCAUCAUGAGCUUGAAUGGCCAAGUAUCGUAGAUCACUAAGGUGUACUACACCAGAAUGAAAUACAGACAUUGGGACAUACUCCAUGUCAAGAACCCUAACCGUAUUAUAUCUUUCAUAAUGAAUUGGUCUACCUAUUAGUCUACCCUUUUGAAGAAUAUUACCCAACUCGUAUGUUGUAAUAUCAUCAAUGUUGUGAAAAGGACUAAGACUUGAUAAAUAGAAACUCGAAUUUUUUUA